AUGAUACCGUCAGCUGUCAAAAUCUACAAUUGUGAUAAGAAUGGUAAAGUGUUUACCCAAUUAUCAUUGCUUCCUCAAUGUCAGGAAAUAAAUAAGUGGGAAAAACAUUUCAUAUCCAAUAAAUCAUUGGUGUCCUUUUCCCAUAACUCAACCCUAAAUAAUGACCAGAAUAUUUAUGUUAAUCAGAGAAAUUAUCAACACAAUAAACCUGAACAAACCUUGAGACAAGCCUUGUGCUCUAGAAAGUAUCAGAAGGCUCAAAAUUUAAAGAUCCGGUACAAAUGUAAGAAAUGUGAGAAAGUCUUUCACCAGUGUCUGAAGCUUAUUAGCCAUGAGGAUAUCCACAGUCUCUACAAGGGUACUGAAUGUGUAGAUGAUUUUGCCCAUUCAGGGAAACAGUCUCAAAAUCAGAGAAUUUAUACUGGAGAAAACUCACACCAACAUAAUAAAUGUGAAAAAAUCUUCAGUCAGCCCUCUAAUCUAAGAAACUAUAAUAUAAUUCAUCCCAAAGAAAGCCUCUUCAAAUGUAAAGAAUGUGGCAAAACCUUUAACCUAAGUCCAGAGUGUAAACCUCGCAAAAUGUAUGGUAAGGAGAAAUUUUACAAAUGUAAAGAAUGUGGCAAAGCCUUUUACUAUGAUUCACACCUUACUCCACACCAGAAAAUUCAUACUGGAGAGAAACCCUACAAAUGUAAACAAUGUGGUAAAGCCUUUAAAUAUAGUUCACACCUUACUCAACAUCAGAGAAUUCAUACUGGAGAGAAGCCCUACAAAUGUAAAGAAUGUGGCAAAGCCUUUAAUUGUAGUUCACACCUUACUCGACAUCAGAGAAUUCAUACUGGAGAGAAACCCUACAGAUGUAAACAGUGUGGCAAAACCUUUAACCGUAGUUCAAGCCUUACUUGACAUCAGAGAAUUCAUAAUGGACAAAAGUCCUACAAGUGUGGAGAAUGUGGCCUUUAUUCAUUCAGCAAGACUCAGAGGACAUUGGAGAAUUCAUACUGGAGAAAACCCCUACAAGUGUAAAGAUGCGAAAAAGCCUUUAGUGGUAGAUCUACUUUAAUUAAAUUCUCAGGUAGUUAAUGCUGAAGAGAAACCCUACAAAUGU